CUAGGUUGGGUUGGGCAGUUAUUGAGAUACUAAGCGAGAGACUCGUUUAACCUGCUUUUGGCUUCAUAUCAGCAGGCUGUACGCUACGAUUCCAUUCUACUGGGAAACUUGAAAGCCCAUCUUACUGUUGGGGUGUACAUGAAUGAAAAUAGCAGUUGCUAUUCUUAAUCAUGGAUGAUUUUGUUCGCAACAAAUUAACUGAAUGGAAUCUCAGCGAAUGGAUACAAACAUUUAAAGAUCACAAAGUUGACAAGGAAAGUCUUUACUGUCUGGAAGAUCAUCACAUUGCUGCCUUGAUCCCAAUUGUGGGACCACAGUCAACAUUCCAAAAGAGACUCAGUUUGUUAAAGGAGGAACAAAACACAACAAAUCCGGAAACAUCUGAAGCUUCUGUUGAAGUUUGUCCGUCCACCAGCAAAACAAAUGAUAAAGGAAAGAGGAAGCUGGAUCUCCAGGGUGAGUCCAGCCAAUCACCAGCCAGAAAACAGCCACGUGAGGAUAUACAAGGAACAUACACAGAAGAAGUCAUUCUGUCUGAUGUGAAAAACAUCAUGAGUUGUGUCCUUGAUAUACUACCUGACCAAGACGACAAGCUCAACAAGUUCCUGAAAAAUAACAUCAAACAUUUGGAGACAGACAAGAGGGAGGUGGUCGGCGUCUUUGGUAGAACGGGGGCUGGAAAGAGCUCUCUGAUAAAUGCCGUCAUUGGAGAGAAGGAUCUCUUGCCCUCUGGAAGCAUCAGUGCAUGUACCUCAGUGAUGAUUAAAGUGGAGGCUAACAUGCGUAACUCAAAGUAUGAGGCAGAAAUUGAGUUCAUUACAAAAGAGGAGUGGAAAGAGGAGUUGUGGACCUUGUUUAAUUUCCUUGGUGAUAACGAAAAUCAGGAAAAAGAUGAAGAUUAUGAAGACAGUGUUGAAAAGCUGUCAGUUCUGUAUGGAGAAGAAUGGAGAAACAACUCUCCUGAAAACCUCUUGGAUAAAAAAUACUUCAAAGAAAUUCCUAAAUUUCUCAAUUCCAAGAGUAAGAUUUUGAGAUGUGAUACAGCCAAAGAGCUAUCUGCUAAAUUGGUCAAAUACACACGAAGUGAGUCAAAAGAGGAAGAUGCUAAAGACGUGAAGAGGUGUUAUUGGUCACUGGUGAAGUGUGUGACCUUCAGGGUGCCGAACAAUCGUCUUCUCCAGCAUGUCACACUUGUGGAUCUUCCUGGAAAUGGGGACCGUAACAAGAGCAGAGACAGGAUGUGGAAAAAGCUUGUUGGAAGUUGUUCUACUGUGUGGAUUGUGGCUGAGAUAAAUCGAGCAGCUUCUGAAAAAGAAUCCUGGGAGAUCCUGGAAGAAUCCUGCAGCCUCAUGGGAAAUGGUGGCGAGUGUCAGCAGAUUCAUUUUAUCUGCACCAAGUCUGAUCAUUUUGAAGAUUCAGAUGAUCAGUCAGCAGCUGGUGUUCGUGCUCAGAUACUGAAACAAAACGAGCAAGCCAAGACAAAAGUGAGGGCACAAUUCAGCAAACUAAAAGAGGUUAAGAAACAAUUCAGUGAGGACUGUUUCAAGGUUUUCACAGUGAGCUCCAAAGAGUUCUUGAAAACGAAACGUCUGGAUCCAGAUGACACAGAAAUUCCCAAACUGCAGAAAUUCCUGCAAGAUCUCAAUGACUGGCACUCUGAGACAUUAAACUAUGUGUCUGGAGCUCGCAGGAUUCUCUCUCUGAUUCAGGGAGCCAGCAGCAGAGAAGGGGCGGACAUAAAGACAACAGUGUGCAAAGAACUUGAAAAAAAGCUGAGUCAUGAACUUGAUAAAGUCAGGGAACCCAUGGAAGAGACCCUUAUGGCUUUUGAAAGAUGCCUCAGUGAGGGGGUUGAAACAUCAAAAAGUUCAUGUUACAAAGUCUUAAAGUCUGUCCUUUAUCCAACAAAGAAAGAUGGUGGUGCAUUUCACAGGAUAUUGAAGUGUGUAGUUCAGAAUGGUGGCAUCCUCAAAACAAAUAAAGGGAAAUCAAUAAACUUCAAUAUGAGGUUUACUUCCUGUUUGAUUGAAAGCAUUGACGAGGAAUUUAAGAAGACCUUCCCAAAUGAAGGAAACAGUGGACCAUUCAACGGGGUCAUCAAUACGUUUUCACUUGGCACAGAGAAGCUGAUGAUGAAAAAGGAGUGCGAAAAUGUCAAACUGCAGCUGACAUUUCUCAAGACAGAGGAAGAAAAAAUGAAAACAAAACUCAACAAACUCAUCCGUGAGCGAAAGAAAACGAUCUACAGCAGCCUGACAACAACAAUCGAGGAGACCAUGAAACCAUGCUAUGACAGAGCAAAAGAAUUUAAAGGAGAAGGCACGCUGACAAACAUGAGGGAAAUUAUUGAAAUACAUGUACAUGUUUCAAAGGACGUCAUGUUUGCUCAGGCUAAAGACGCCAUGAUGAAACAGCUGAGAGACUUGAAGUUGGAGAUCCUGGAGAAACUGGAGAGCACGAUGCAGGAAUCAAUCGAGCUGUCACUCAAAACAGAUGGUGACUCCAUCCCAGAUGUAAGUGAGGAGCUUGAGAAGGUAAACAACUCCUACAAUGAACUGAAAAGAACUACCGAAAGCCGAGAUGAUGAUGCAACUCUUUGUAUUGAUUAACCCGGUCAAGCAGCUGCAGUGCGUCCAUGAUGUGCACAGGGUUGAUCAGUGGAGAGUAACAGCAGACGCCUGUUAACAUACCGAGGAUAAAAGACAUGAGGCCUCUGGAUUGGGUCUCAACAAUUGUUUUUAGAUUCUUAUCUCUGUUGACUGUUUUUUAUUGUUAGCAUAAUGUGGUGCCCUAAUUCAUGUCGUUUUAAAAUCCUAUUAAAAAAAGCUGUUUGAUGAAAA